GUGUCCAAAAUGCAGGAAAAAACAUGCUGUAGAAAUAUCAACCUUACCAGUCUGCUACCAGCUAAUCCCUAAAGAUGCUGCUGAUGCCGUCAUUGAAGAAGUUGACGAUGAAGAGGAGGAGGAAGAAGAUGAAGAGCAAGUUUGCAGUGAGCACAACAGUGUACAGUCACUGGUGCUAUGCAUGCAAGUGUCAACUGUGUCACCAGUGCUUCCAUCCCAAGCAUGUGGCUUGUUCUGUGACUCCCUUAGACUUCCUUUUUAAGGAGAAAUGUCCAGAGAUGAGACGUACCCAGGAGAACAUCGUGCCUGAUAUAUCUGAGAAGAAGAAGUGGCUGCAAAAGCUAAUGGAGAAAAAUAAUGAAAAUAGAACAGUGUUAAAUGAUUUAUUGGAGACAGUCAACAAAAUGCAAAAGGAUCUUGAAGAUGAGAAGGGAUAUUUGUCAGCAGCUGUCCAUCAACUAGACUCAGAUUUGACUGGAUGUUAUGCACUUGCUAAGCAGCCAUUAACAUCUGAUCAAACUCAACAAAUCCUCACUGUUUAUACAAGACUCCACAAAUUGACAGAGACAGCUAAGAAGUUUAAUAAACCUUCUAUAAAAAACCUCUGCAACUUUGCCAAAGUUCUAGAGGAAACAGAAGAUGAUGGCCCAAUUGAAAGUGAAAAGGAUUUUGGCAUUCGAUACAUUAAGUCUAAUUUCUGCAACCCUUUCUGUGGGGACAGCGAAUGGCUCAUAGAGAACGACUUGCAGGCCUUCACCGCCUACCACACACUCGUCAACGACCCUUGCCUGCGGCCAUUUGAAGUGAUGUUCCGCUCUAACGUGGCCCCGAGUGAGGCCAUCAACAACAUGGGCCCCAUGCUGACCUUCAUGGCCGAGGCCUCCCGCUGCCUCUCCCUCCACCUCCUCCACUCCUUCUGGCAACCCCGCACUCCCAAUUCCUCCCCCUCCAUUGAUGACGCCUCCCUCGAGCCCCUGCUUAACUCCCCCCACAGUGAGAAGCUACGUCACUUCUUGGGGUGCGUGAGCCAUGGCUUGCUGGUCAAGCUGAAGCGUGCUGAGCUCUACACGCUGGGCCUCCACAUCCUAUCACCCGCCUUUGUGGCCACCAUCAACUCCCUCCUGUACCCCACCUCUGCUGUUGUGCACUUUUGCAUCGGGCGAGGCGUGCGACAGCAGCAGCUGCCAUCGCUUGCCACAUUGCUGUACACCUGCAGCACCUGCCACCUGCACCUGCCUGACGUGGCAGACGGUGAUGUGGCCUGGGUGUGUGGUGUGGUCCAGGCCCUCAUACCACACUCAUACCAUCACCACAUCUAG